CGCUAAAGGCACCACGCGGAUCUCGCGGUGUUUCCUCUAGCUCCCGCGCAGGCCCAGUUCUUUCUGGGUUCAACUCGAGAACAUGGCUGACGUGACAGAGGCGGACGGAGGGAAACUCAGCAAAAAGUAGGCCUGCUGAAUGUGGUGGCCCAGCAUGUUGUGCCUGGCCCGAGCCGCGCGGCAGCAGCUGUGUCGAGCCAGUGGGGUCAGGGAACAGUGGUUAAAAUAUACCUCCCCAUGCGCAGCUGCGGCACCGGCUCAUGUUUAUGGGGUCCGAUGGCGAGGUGACAAAAGUGAGCUGAAGAGGCGAAUGAAAGCCGAGAAGAAGGCUGUGGAGAAAGAAGCCAAAGUGAAAGAGCAGCUCCAGCAGAAGAAAGAAAGCGACGACACUCAGAACAACUGCAGCCUGGAUGAGGAGACCCUUGACCCCAAUCAAUACUUCAAAAUCCGCUCCCAGGCCAUCCAAGAACUGAAAGGCACUGCUGAGGACCCGUACCCGCACAAGUUCAACGUCGACCUGUCGCUCACAGAGUUCAUUGAGAAAUACAAUUAUCUACAGCCUGGAGAACAGUUGACAGAUGUUGUUCUCAAUGUGUCAGGUCGCGUCCAUGCCAAGAGAGCUUCUGGGGCAAAGCUGCUGUUCUAUGACUUGAGAGGGGAGGGUAUGAAGUUACAAGUCAUGGCCAACUCGAGGUCCUACAAGUCAGAGGAGGAAUUUGUGGCCAUCAACAACAAGCUGAGGCGUGGUGACAUCAUCGGCGUGCGCGGUAACCCUGGGAAGACAAAGAAAGGCGAACUCAGUAUCAUUCCCACUGAGAUGACCCUGCUGUCGCCCUGUUUGCACAUGCUGCCUCACCUGCACUUCGGUCUGAAAGACAAGGAAACAAGGUACAGACAGCGCUACCUGGACCUGAUUCUGAACGACUAUGUGAGGCAGAAGUUUGUGACUCGGUCCAAAAUCAUCACAUACGUACGCAGCUUCCUAGAUCAGCUUGGAUUUUUGGAGAUUGAGACCCCGAUGAUGAACAUAAUCCCAGGUGGAGCAGUGGCCCGUCCCUUUGUAACUCACCACAACGAGCUGGACAUGAAGCUGUACAUGAGGAUUGCUCCUGAGCUCUACCACAAGAUGCUUGUGGUCGGAGGAAUGGACAGAGUCUAUGAAAUUGGGCGCCAAUUCAGGAAUGAGGGGAUUGAUCUCACUCAUAAUCCAGAGUUCACGACCUGUGAAUUCUACAUGGCGUAUGCAGAUUACCACGACUUGAUGGAAAUCACAGAGAAAAUGAUCUCAGGAAUGGUGAAGAACAUCACUGGAGGAUACAAGGUAACAUAUCACCCUGAAGGUCCAGAGGGACAAGCCUACGAGAUCGACUUCACACCUCCUUUUAGAAGAGUGAGCAUGACACAUGACCUUGAGAAGGUGAUGGGAGUCAAAUUCCCCCCCACCGACAGCUACGACAGCGACGAGACUCGCAAAUUCUUCGAUGACCUGUGCGCUCAGAAAGGAGUCGAGUGUCCUCCCCCAAGGACGACGGCUCGUCUGCUGGACAAGCUGGUUGGAGACUUCCUGGAGGUGACUUGCAUCAAUCCCACGUUCAUCUGUGAUCACCCUCAGAUCAUGAGUCCUCUCGCAAAAUGGCACAGAUCAGAGAAAGGCCUCACUGAGCGGUUUGAGCUCUUCGUCAUGAAGAAGGAAGUGUGUAACGCCUACACUGAGCUCAACGAUCCUGUUAGACAGAGGGAGCUUUUUGAACAACAAGCUAAGGCCAAAGCUGAGGGGGACGACGAGGCCAUGUUUAUAGACGAGACGUUCUGCACGGCUCUAGAAUACGGUCUCCCGCCAACUGCCGGCUGGGGGAUGGGCAUCGACCGCCUCACCAUGUUCCUCACUGACUCUAACAAUAUCAAGGAAGUUUUGCUCUUCCCUGCCAUGAAGCCUGACGACAACAAGCCUGCACCAACUGAGGGAACACCUAUAUAAGGCUGUGUACUCUGGCCUGGUCAAGACUUGACCCGUCCGUUCUCAUCAGUGGAGUCUUUUAUCAACGUUGGUGUGUCUGAGGGUGUCGGAAAUGAAGGGGAGUACUAGAUUGCUGCCACUUGCUUUUGCAAAAACUCUUUCUGAUUUUAUACUUUUCUCAAACCUGUAUCAACCGUCUGGUGGGACGGACGUGUUUUAAUAAUGUCACGUCUGCAGACUCUUGAUUCAUCUGUGAAGGCCAUUCUUCCUACAAUGUCUCCUCACUGUCCUCCAGAUUAUGUAACUCAUCACAUACUUCAGGGUGAGCUCAUGACAUUGGCAACAAAUGGUGGUGGAAAAUAAAGUAUAUGGAUCGAA